UUGCCACCCCACGUUGUGAAACUGGGCGGGCGACUCUAUAGGCUAGCGCGCGCAGCGCAGGCAGAAAGAGAUAAAAGAGCUACCGGACGGCACCGCUCAUGGCGCCAAUACCUGCCGCACGCCUGUCGAAUGUUCGCUGGACUCAAAAUCUCUAUCUAUCGAAAACAGAAGAGAGAUCAGUGCGUGUAUUUGUGUUUUUAAGCUUCCGGUGCCGUUCAAUUAGCUAGCUAGCUCGGCGAAGAGCGAGCAUGAGCGGUUCUGAAACAGUAAAGAUGGAGUUUGAUACAGAGGCUUCUGGCUUCAACUAUAACAAGGUGGUGGAGUUCGCCGGAGAAGAAGAGAAUCCUAAACCGCUGUCUCCAUUUCAAGAUAUCUUCGUUGAUAUGGAAGAAACAGCUGAAAAAUUGUUUUUUUCCGACGAAGACGACACCUUCCCUUCACUUUCUGAUUUCCCGUGCAUGUCUUCUCCCUCUGCGUCGCCUUCCGUCUCAUCGGCGACCUCCACUCUUCCCCAACCUGUUCCCCAGCUCUCCACCAAAUCAUCAUCGGCCAACUCCUCUGAAACUGAUGCCAUGCACCAGCCGCCGCCGCUGAUUCCGGCGGAGACGGAAAUUGAAGACCGGAUUGUUCCCAUUGAUGCCGGAUUUGAUAUUAUUGGAGAUGAAGUUGAUUUAUGGGGGGCCUGCACCGAAGAGCCCAUCGAGUCCUCAAGUGAACCAUCUUCCUCAUUCGUCUCGGGAGAAACACUGACAGAAGAAAAGAUUGGAUUUUUAUGCGACGGGGAUGAUUCCUCGUCGGAGGAUUUAGCUUGCGUUUUCCUAGACUGGUUGAAGAAAAACAAAGAUUCCAUCUAUUCCAUCUCGCCGGAAGAUCUCAGGUGCAUUAAGCUGAAGCGUUGGACAAUAGAGUGCGCCGCUCGCCGGCUCGGCGGCGGUAAACAGGGCCGGAUUCAGCUCCUCAAGCUCAUACUUUCUUGGGUUCAAAUUCACCAUCUUCAGAACAAAAGACGACGAAGCCGCGGUGCAGAAGCUACAGUAAAAGAUCGAGAAUUCCGUCCUCCUCCUCCUCCAAUUAACGCCAAUAUUCCCUUUACUCAUGAAGCAACAGCUUACAAUCCUGACAUCGACUCGCACUACGAGGUCAUGCCCUGCAGCUCAUGGAUGCCUUUUACAGCAGAGUCUUCUUUCCCGGCGGUGAUGCCCGCGGGUUACAGAGGCGAAGGUCUGCCAACCUACAAUUUCUACCAAGACCAAGCUUUCUUAUCCGAGCCAUGGCAGAAAGGUUUCUCACGGCCGGUUGGUUGCUGCUCCUUCCGGCCUGCGCCGGCUGCACAGUACAUGCCAUUGUAUUAUCCAGGGAUGAUGGCAACGGCUACUAAAGAGGCGAGAAAGAGGAGAAUGGCUCGGCAAAAACGCUCCUUUUCUCUUCAUCACCAUAGAAUCCAACAACAACAGAACCAGCAGCAGCAGAGUUUUGAUGCAUUUGCUGCAGUAGAUGAAGGCUCUGAUUCUAACAACUGCUCUUUCUUCUCAUCUUUGCCGGCUGAUAUUCCUUCGCUAUCGCCGGCGGGAGAGGAGGCAGCUGUGGCGGCGGCGGCUCCUCUUCCUGAAGGACAGAUGGAGGAGGAGAAUUGUUUACGUAGGCAUGCGUCAUCAUCUGCUGGAGAAAUACGUCGGGAUGACGCGCAGGAGGGAACGAAGACGGAAAAAAAUUACAGAUUUUUGUUGCAGAAGGUGUUGAAGCAGAGCGAUGUGGGAAGCCUCGGAAGGAUUGUUCUUCCUAAAAAAGAAGCAGAACUGAAUCUCCCAGAGCUUGAUGCCAGGGAUGGAAUCACCAUCGAAAUGAAGGACAUUGGAACCUCAAGGGUCUGGAUCAUGCGCUACAGGUUUUGGCCGAACAACAAGAGUAGGAUGUACCUCCUGGAGAACACAGGGGAUUUUGUGAGAUCAAAUGGACUUCGGGAAGGAGAUUUCAUAGUGAUAUAUUCUGACAUCAAGUCUACAAAAUAUAUGAUAAGAGGAGUGAAGGUUAGACAGCCAGUGGAAGCGAUGAAGGGAGGGAGCAAUGUUAACUCAGGAAAGGCUCAUCAGAAGAAGAGCAGCAGCUCAGCCAUGGCUGCUUCUGGGAGCCAUUUGCUGGAGAAUAAGGGCAAUUCUCUCUGUGCUUUGGGAGAAUAUUAAUCAGAUAGA